AUAACCCUCCGUAAAAAUUAUAGAUUUGGAAAAGUACGGUUCAAUACCAAAAGAGCUCGUAGUUGUCGCGCUGCCCUUGGGGCGAAUUGACAUGCGCACUAGUGACAACAAGCUGAAAAUCGUCGUUCGGAGCAAAUUCUGGUGGUGCCACUGAUGUUCUAAAUAAAUCGCGCAAUUGGCGUUAUCUGAUAAAAAACCGCGUCGCGCCAACUCGCCCCCGAGCCAGUGUUCGAGACUAUGCUGCACCGACAGCCCCCGAGCCCCAGCUAGCACCGUUCGAAGCCAGACAAUACGGGAUGCCGGCGUCCACCCUCGAGCCCGUGAACGCGGCUUUGCGCUCCGCCCUCACCAAGACCGACGACAGUUCUCUGGACACGCAGUUGGCGGGAUCCACCAAGAAGGCCCUCCUGUCCAACAUCGACUUCGAGCCGGCCGGGAGCUACCAAAGCACCGUCUUGGACAAACUCAAGUCGAAGUACAUCGUGUUGAAAAGCUCGGAGACUCCGCAGCCCAGCAAGCCUGAGGGAGACAUGGGCGCGGAUGAAACGCUCAAAUUGGCUAGUUACGAGCUGUAUCCUUUUGAAGCUGUGCAGUUAGGUUGGAGUAAAUGUGACUGGUCAGUGGGGGCCGGCAUGAUUAACAUGGGAAAUACCUGUUAUCUCAACUCUACGCUUCAAGCACUUUUCCACGUUCCCGCUCUUGUCAAUUGGCUCAUUUCUGAUAAGGAACACACAGCUGAAUGCCAGGACUCAGGUGGGCUGUGCAUAAUAUGUGCAAUGCGGAAGACUCUCCAAGACUCCCAACAACGUAACACAAACACAAUCCGUCCUCUCCUCAUCUACAACAAGCUGCGUUUGGUGUGUCGAAACCUCAUCCCGGGUCGGCAAGAAGAUGCGCACGAAUUUCUUAGAUAUCUAGUGGAAGCAAUGGAAAAAUCCUAUUUAAGUCGAUUUAAAAACCAUUCCGAAUUUGAUUCAAAAGUGAAAGAGACCACACCUCUCAAUCAAAUACUAGGCGGAUAUUUAAGAUCGGCAGUGAGAUGUUUGAAGUGUGGUCACGUCAGCACCACCUUCCAACACUUUCAAGAUUUACUAUUAGACAUUAGGAAAGCUCAAACGCUCGACGAGGCGUUGGAAGGUUACUUCUCUAGGGAAAAAUUGGACGAUGACUCGUAUCAUUGUCAGUCUUGUCAGAAAAAAGUACCUGCAACAAAACAGUUCUCCCUUGAAAGAGCCCCUAUGGUUCUUUGUAUACAACUCAAACGGUUUUCUGUUAGCAAUAAUAAAAUUACUAAACAUAUACAUUUUCGACAAAGACUGGAUCUAACAAGGUAUGCCAGACAUCGUCCCAGUGUUCCACUGAUCUAUAGACUUGUUGCCUUAGUCACACAUAUGGGACCUACUGUUAAUUGUGGCCACUACACUGCAGUUGCCCAAGCGCCGUCUGGUAAUUUUUACCAGUUUGAUGAUAGUAUGGUGCGGGUGAUAUCUCACCAAGCUGUGUUCAAUACAAACGCAUACAUAAUGCUGUACGAAUUAGAGUCAUCUCCAUUUACCAAAUCAAAUAACGGGACAAACAACAAGAUAAAACCUCCGCUUUCUCCCGAAGCAAAUACUAGCAACAACACAUCAAAAGCUUCACUGAACGGUAUCGGUUUUACGAGCGACAAAGUCUACGGCCCCGAACUGCCCCCCGACCGAGUAGAAAAGAAAAUCAACGGUGUUAACCCCACACCGGUCACUAACGGUAACGGAAAUCACUCAGAGAGUUCCGGAACGAGCGACAGCGAACCGGAAAAUCCGCAAAAAAGUCCACAAAAAGAAAACAAACCGGUGGCGACACCUCCGCUUCCCCCGAAAAAAUCAAUGCCUAGCAUAAAUAACGAGGAAACCGCCAAAUCACCACUAAUGCAAAAGAAUCGGACGUUAUCGCCACGCAAUACUAAUAGUACAACACCGAUUAGUUCAACAAAUGCGGAAAAGAAAGGGUCAUUUCAGCCGGUUACUACGAAAUUGGUUCCGUAUGAGACGGACGAUUCGAGUUGUUCCGACGAAUCGAAUCAGUCGCCACAGGAUGUGGAGUAUAGAGUUUCUACGAAGGCGGCAGUGGGCGAUUGGAAGGUUACUUCAACUGAACCAACGACGCAGAGUAAAAGUUGGGGAGAGAAAAAACAAGAUGGGACUGUUAGCGAAUUGUUCAAAAUGUCCCACAGUGGGUAUUCGGCACCUGUUUCCUCGUGGAACGGUACUAGGUCUCAGCUAGAUAAGGAAAUUAGCAACGAAAGGAGAGAAGACAGAAAGAGAGCUUUGAGUGAUAAUUCGGACCAAGGCAAAGUCAAACAUCAAAAACUGAAUAACUCCUACAAGUCUAAUCCUGGUUACAAUCCCGUACAAGAAUUUCACAACACUAAGAACUGGAGUCAGAACAACGGUUACAAGCCGUUUUAUUCGGGCAACCGGCACCGUCGUAAUUUCCACCACAAAAGCUUUCAUAAAAAUUACCGCUUUAGGCAGUGAUUAAUUUUAAGGUUGAAUAUUUUUACAUAGGCAAUUGAACUUGUAUAAUUGUGCAUAUUAUGUCACCAUUGUUUAGCAUAACUGAAUUUGUGAAUUUAUAAUGUAAGUAUUUAUAUUUUUAAACAAACUAUAAUUCCUAAUUUUGAUUGAAAAACCGAUGUAAUAAAGUAGCGAUAGUAUAAUUAACAAUGAAAUCUUUUAGGAA